AUGGUAAUUCCAGUCGUGGGUGCAAGCCCACAAGAUGCUCCUCCACCAGCGGCGGUCAAGGAGUUUCACUCGUAUUUCUGGUGGGGGAUCUUCCUGAUAUUGGUAUCGAUGGCAGUGCUGCAGGUUGUUGCAGGAGACGGGUUUGGCAUGUUCUUCACGCUGAUAUUGGCGGCCAUCGUCUAUUACAUGGUGUCGGACCACUGCGCCAACAUGUCGAUGUACUGCCUGCUUGUUUUUGGACUGAUAUCCGGCUUCGAAUCGCUUUUUGGCGUCUUGACACUUUUCAGCGUAGUGGGUGGACGCAGCUCAAGCACCACCCUUAUCACCAGCAAAGAUGCAACCAGUGUCACCUACGAGACACAGGUCAAGGUACAUCCGCUCUUUGACUCCACGCAAGGGACAAAGUACAACAUCCAGUCGGGCCUGUUGGUGGCUCUUCCCAUCGUGAUGCUGCUUAGUGCGCUGCUUUCGUGGUGGUCCUUCCGAGCAUAUCCAAAUUCUUUGUUCUCGGACUUUGAUGAGGAGGCGGAGCCGAUCUAUGCGCAAGGGCCACCUGCAGGUCAAUAUGGCGGUCCGCCUCGUGCCCGGCAGCAGCAGGCACGAUCAGAUACAGUACCCGUAGCUUGGUCAGAGCUCGUGAGGCGCCAGCUACCGGUGCGACGUUGCCGCGACUCUUCGAGGGCCAAGGGCAGACAUUCGUGCGAUGGCGAUGCUGUUAAGAACACCAUCCCAGCGUCUCACACGAGUUACGUCGAUCCGUGGAUGCUUCACAUUGAAACUCAAUGCUUUCGCGCCAUGGGCGCCCAAUUCUGCUCUCCAAGCGAGGGAGUGGUGAUUCAGCUGCUGGCAGCCAGUGACAUCGACAUCGAUGGCUUGGCCAAGAUCAGCCUGCAGAGUUCAUCGAGUCAGGCCACUGGACAGGCGAAGCCUGUGACUCGUCAAGUUCGCAGCUGGCCUCUGACCAAGCUGACGGAGCACUAUGAGGUUCACGAACGUAGCAUCCAGGAUUUGCCGACUGUUCGUCUGGUUUCAGACCAAAGUGGAACGGUUUACCGGCUCAGCUCGCUUCGCAAGCCUUGUGGCAGACAUCGCCAGGAAAAACUGAGGGCACACGUUGCGCAGCUGCAAACUCAGGAGUUCGUCGGAACUGCCAGGAUCUUCGCAGUCUACGAAGACUGCAGGUCGAUGGCGGUAGUCACUGAGCACUGCACUGGCGGUACCGUGCAAGAGCGCAUUUUGCAGCGGAACGUCUUCUCCGAGCAGGAGUGUGCAAUGCUCGUGAAGCACAUGCUGGAGCCGCUCCGUGAACUUCACGAAGCUGGUCUGUCGCACGGCCACCUGUCGCCCGAGUCUUUCAGGUUCCAGAGCGAUCAAACUCAAGCCCCACUGAAGCUGGUGGAUUUUGGUCUUGAGCUCAAGGUGUGUCUAGACGAGUGGACACCAGAGUCUGGCCAUGGAGAGCUGUUCAUGCCGGGUGAGCAGGGCUAUGUUCGACAGUGGCCUCGCAUCGCUUGUUCGCAGCUGUUCGAGACCUGCCGCUUGGUCUUCUGUGCGCCGGAAGUGCUCAAGCACCUGAAGGUCGGAUUGGAGCAGGACUUGCCGGACAACCGGUUGCCGGUCGCGAGCUUGAAGCAAGGCGUCCGUGACUGGGAGACUGCGGAUAUGCUGGACCUGCAUCUACUAUCGGAGGCCAUUGACGCCCAUUUGGCCAGCCAGCAGGAUUUUGGCUGGGACUUCGCCGCUUCGGACGCAUGGAGUGUGGGGGCAAUUGCAUUCCUCCUCCUCUGCGGGUACCCACCAUUCUUUGCCCCUUGUAGACAUGCCAUCAUCUCGAGAGUUGAGAAGACGGACCUCUCGUUUGAUCCGCCUUUCUGGUCAAAAAUCUCGGAAGAAGCAAAGGACUUCGUCCAGAGAUGUUUGCACGGAAACGCGGCAAAGCGGCUGACAGUGCAACAGGCAUUGCAGCACCCAUGGGUUCGACAGCUGGCAGACACAUCACCGUCUGGCUCAAUGCUGCCCUCCUUCGCGUUGAACCUACGACGCUUUUGCAGGACUUGGCUCAUCGAGGUUUUUGUGGCGAACAGCUUGGCAUCCAAGCUGACCUACCUGGGCUCGUUGCAAGUCCAACGAGAGUGCCAAAAGGCGGACAAAGAAAAAGCCGGCUUCCUCACAUCAGCAGACCUGCGACAGGUCUUACAGAAUAGUGGACACUCUGAUAUCGUCGAGGCCAUCGGAUCGUGCUUUGCCCGCUUUCUGCGACACCCCGGAGAGUCGUAUUUGGACUAUAAUGCGCUGCUCGACUCUGUUCGACUGAGACGAGAGGUGUUACUUGAGGAGGAGAUUUGGGCCUGCUUCGAAGCUGAAGGGAUCGCCGAGCCUACGCCACAGUCCAUAGCUUCCUUCCACCAGGCCGCCUCUCUACAGAGCAUCUUCCGACGAGAAGGAAUGCAGGAUGGGCAUGCCAUCAGCGUAGAUGGAGUCGCCGCAGAGAAUUCCAAGGUCGACAUCAACGACUUUAUGGCCAAAGUGCUGUCUCAGCUGCGGUCCUUCGCGCAUGAAGCCAUGCAGAAGUCGCUCAGCAAAGAAUAG